GUUGUCUGAGAGACAUGAGCUGAGCCGUGCGCGUGGCACCCUCCUUUCUUGACGAUGCCGUCCCCCCCCCGGUGCAAGCGACAGAGCUCGCAGAGCCGCAAUCAUCACACCUUGCAGCCUUCCCGUGCGGACAUGCUGUUCAUGUUUACCGCGUGCACGACUUCCACCUCCGCGAGCACCUUACUUGCGUUUCUGAGCAAGUAGCUGUACCAUUCCGCUCUUCGAGCUCCGGCCAGAGCUCUAUAGAGUCGUCCCAUUCUGAGUUUUCCUCUAAGCACGAAUGGACCCAUGCAAUCCAGCUGCGCCCACACCGCAACACCACCGGAGAAGCAACAGCAAGACGCGCUUGAAGAUGCCGAGGCGUCAUCAUGCAAGUCCGAUGGAGAUUGGUCGCGUAUCCAGGAACUGUACCCAAAACCUGUGACGUGCCAAUCGUCCCUUCUGGCAGUGGAAACGAGCCUAAGCGAGACCGCCAUCCUGGAAGACGCGCACAAUCUUAAGACUACCACGCUCGAGCACUCCAAUGGUGUUCCUAAAUCGUCUUCUUCCGAAGACGCCGUGGAGCCGGACGCCACGGCCACCUUGACUUUGAUUGCCUCUCGAACUCUGGAUCGACUUGCGAACAAGCGCCGUGAGCUCCUGCUUCUUAUUGCACGGAGGGGCCGUGUCAUGCAAUCAUAUCAAGACACGCGUCGCUAUACUCACGAAUCGCUCGCUGCCAUAGUAGAGACCUUCUCUGGGCAGGGCGAGACGGAUCUUGCUCGAACGCCUGCUGGAUCAUUUGCAUCGCUGAUAGAUCAGCUGAACAAUGAUGGUGCAAAUCUUGCUCAUGAUUUCGAAGCUGCUCUCGAACUUGAUGCCGAGAUUGGCUCGUUAGAGUAUGGAAUUGCGCAGGAGGAGAGCAGCUUGCUACUGACACUCUCUGACGUCCUUAAACACUUAACUGGCGGUAACAGCGAUCACAUACCCACUCAGCGUGCCGAAGUGUUAGCCUCUACUCCUGGUGCCAUGCUCCCUCCAUCUUCUCCCGAGCCGAUCCCCGGUCCAGCUGAUGACUACUUCUCGGCCGUUGGCCAAGUUUCUCUUCUCGAACAGCACCGUCUCGAAUUAUACGAGGAAUACGCAGAAACCCGAACUCAACGCCAGUACGACCGGGACCAGGGAAGGGAGCCGUCAUUACCAGACGAUGAGUUCGUAGAUUGCUUUACUACUAAGAUGAGAUGCACCGAAAGUGAGAUCGCCGAAUGUCAAUCACGGGUUGAAUCGCUUCGACAGCAGUGUGAGUAUGAAGGAAUCGAUGUAUUGCGCUUGAGGCGGAACAGGCUGUCGAGCUCUUCGUCUUGUCGUCCGAACUUGAGGGCCGAUACACUCUUACCUCCGGCGCUUGCCGAACCAUGCUUGCCCAGUGAUUCCGCAACGUAUCAUGCACGGGACAUCCUUCAUCGGUCGGCUCCUCCAUCUUCAGAUGUCGAAGGAUGGCUACAGAGCGUGCCAUAUGCAAUGCCGAUUGCAAGUACCGAGUGUUCCCGCGUUUCACCAGCGAGAGCAGCCCCCAAAGGGAGGAAUUCAGAUCAUCACCAGAGAACGGUGAAGAUUGAAACACACGUUGUUGCAGCGGACUCGCUGCCUUCGAAGUCAGGGAGUCUACCAUUAUCGGUGGAGCAUAACUUCCGUCGUGUUCGCUCCGAGACUGAUCUCAUUCGGACGCUGCCAGAAUCACAUUUGAAUCGUCAGGAUGCCGGGGUGCGAUCGUGGCAUUCAGAGUUCGACUAUCGGAUCUAGGUACGAGCAACGACUGCUGAAGCACAUGCUGUGCCGACGCAUGUAGGCGGACUAUCCUGCCGCAUUCCAGCUAUGUAACAGUAUGCCAGUGAUAGAGUGAUAACGGCAGCAGCCCGUUUGACAUUGAAAGGCUGCGGGAGUGCUGACGUUCUGCAUAUGCACUCCUAAUACUCCGACCAUGUGCCAACUUUGGAGAGGAGUGGGCCAUCUCGCCUGCAUGCCAUCUUUACUAGGCUUAGUUGUCGGCUCGAUCAUGAUUCAGCAUGCGUAGCUAUCGUAGGUUAAGCUCGAGGUUUGAAGAACGAGGCCAGGUCUAGGCCACGGCGAAGGCUUAUGCCCUUGUAAAGCACACUGUCUGGUUCAGUGGUAUGCAUACCCUCGCGAGCAUAGCGGAAUAUACAUGACAUCGCUACUAGUACGUAACAUGCCCGC